AUGGGCCUGGGGAGCCCUGAGAGGAGCACGCCCAGGCCCCUGGCCACCCUGUCUAGCCUGGGGGCGCCGGGGUCUGACCUGCCCCUGGUUUCGGCCGCAGGAACCGAGACGGUCGACGUGCAUGCGCCGGCCCAAGUGCGUGGCCUCUUGGGCGGCAACGUGACGCUGCAGUGCCACCUUCAGCUACUGGAUUCCAGCGUGCAAGUGACGCAGGUGACGUGGAUGCGGCGGCAGCCGGCAGGGCAGCCCAGCAGCGUGGCCGUCUACCACCCAUCUCGGAGCCCCUGGUACUUGGACCCGGAGCGGGUGGAGUUCGUGGCCGCCAUGUCCGGCGGCGAGCUGCGCAACGCGUCGCUGGUGGUGUCCCAGUUGCGCGUAGAGGAUGAAGCCAACUACACCUGUCAGUUCGCCACCUUCCCGCACGGCAGCAGGAGCGCCAGUACCCGGCUCGACGUGAUCGCCCAGCCCCAGAACACAGCUGAGGCCCAGAAGGUCCCACCUGGCCUGUUCACCUCGGAGUCUGUGCCCGUGGCCCGCUGCGUGUCCACAGGGGGUCGCCCACGAGCCCGAAUCACCUGGUCCCCAGACCUAGAUGGAAAAGUCAAUAAGAGCGAGGCGCCAGGGCCCCUGCCCGGCACAUUCACCGUCACCAGCCUCUUGACCGUGGCGCCCUCAAGCCAAGUGGACGGCAAGAGUGUCACCUGCAUAGUGGAGCACGAGAGCCUUGAGGAGCCUGACUCGCUGCCAGUGAACCUCACCGUGUACUACCCCCCCGAGGUCAAUAUCUCCGGCUAUGAUGGCAGCUGGUACCUCGGCCAGAGUAAGGCCAGCCUGACCUGCGACGUCCGCAGCAAUCCAGCGCCCACGCACUAUCACUGGAGCACGACCACUGGUCCCCUACCACCCUCUGCUGUGGCCCAGGGCCCCCAGCUCCUGAUCAAGUCUGUGGACAAGUUGAUCAACACAACUUUCAUCUGCAAUGUCACCAAUGCCAUAGGGACCGGCCAGGGGGAACUGGCCGUCGUGCUCAAUGGUGAGGAGCUCCCUGGAUCAUCUCCUACUCAGCUGUGA